AUGAAUCCACGAGCGGAGCAGUCCACUUUCCAGAAGGUUAAUAACCUGUCUUCUUCAAAGCUUUAUAAAUUUAUCCGUCCCCAUUCUAACAUGAAAACACGAGCAGAGCUGUCCUUCCACAAGAGUAACAUUGUUCCUCCCAAAGUUGAAAAGGCUCCUUUGAAGUCGCAUGCAAAUAUCAGUACUUCUGCCAAUUUUGGUUCCAAAAGGGUCACUCCAACUGUCAAUGGCUACCAAGACCAGAACAUCGCUCUAGAUGCGGACAAAGAGAAUAUUGGAUCUGUUUCGGCAAUGAGGGUUUACACGUGUUCUGAGAAGAAGUUCGGUACUGAAAAUGGUGGCAAUGGAGUUGAAAAAACGGCAAUGCACAAGGUAGUAGUAGUGGUAAAUGAUAAUGAAGUGACACUGCAUCCCCAUGAGCCUAACAGCUCCAGCAAUGAGGUUGAUCAUCAAAAGGAUAACUUACAUCAUCCAUGCAAGAGUAAUGAUGGUUCACGAAAUGGAACUGAUCACCAGGAGAUUGAAAAGGACGGUGUUAGCACAACCCAAUCCAAAUCCUUGGCCUCUUCAACAAAGAAAGGCCGCUGCAUUUUUCUUAGAAAAGACGAAUCAUCUCGGGAUGAACUUGAAGCAAUUAAAGAGAGCCUGAAGAAAGACGCGUCCUCAUUUUUACGGUCAUGUGGUUGGUAUGAUCAAGUACACUCCUGCACGAAUGCUAAGAAGAGAUUGUGUACAGUGCAAUCAGGAGGAGAUGGUGAAGAUGGUAACGACUUAAAGAGGAGGUUGAUAGGAGAUGUAAAAUCAAGUUUCCUUCAGAUUCCAGAUGAAUUGAAAGCAGUUCUUAUGAACCGACUCCAAAAAAUUGGCAAGAAGAAAUACUCGUGAGCCAUUCAUGGUUCGUUUAACCGGUUAAAGUCUCUACUUGGUCCCUUCCCUCUACACUUUCCUCAGUGCUCAAUUUCAUCACAUCGCUCAUAUUGCUUGAAGCAUCCCGUUGGAUAUGUGAAGCAUCCCGUUGAUACAGAGAGGAGGUAUUGAGAUUUUUUGUGCGAGUAAAAAGUGAAUUAAUUUUUCCUUAUAACUGUUACAUUUAACGGAAAAAAAAUAUCUCAUACUGUAUAAUAUUUUGAGCCUUCUUUGAACUUUUGCCCCAGUAUGGAUGAAGUGAACCUUUCACACAUGCAAAUCGUAGUCCAGUGUAGACUAAUAUAAGAGUGUUCU